AAUACUUUCCUAGCAAAUACUAUCAAGGUCACAUUCAUUUACACCAUUCUUAUGAAUUCUGAGAGAAAGACUCCUAACUUGGAAGAUCUACUUUUAAGAUAUUUUAGAACUGUAAGAGUCCUCAAAGCAACUUGAAAGUCACAAGGCUAACAUAAACAAGAAAUAACUUGGUUUGCCUGAUAGGAUGCAGAUAUUACUUAAGCCUCUGAGCGUCGCUGUUGACCACCUAAGAAGUAAAAACCUGCAAGACAUCCAAUCCAACACUACGACUCCCACAACACAAAGGGCUGGGCAUUCGGCCCGCAGGGUUCCGGGCAGCAAAGAGAUUCAGUCAAGUUGUCCACUAGUUCUCUCCACUAGUGGAGACCUGGGUCCAGUGAUUGCUGGUCACCACAGACUCUGAGGAAUAAAGAUUGGAAUCCCUCACCGUGUGCUGGAAGUUGCCUGGGAGAAAAGCCUGCAGCAGAAGAAAUGGCGGUUCUGCAAAAGUUGCCACAACGCAGACGCCUGGUCCUGCUAUGUCUUGUUUUGGCAGCCCUGUGGGAGGCGGGAGUUGGGCAGAUGCGCUACUCUGUGCCAGAAGAGAUCGACAAAGGCUCUUUCGUGGGCAACAUCGCCAAGGACCUGGGGCUGGAGCCCCGGGAGCUGGCGGAGCGCGGAGUCCGCAUCGUCUCCAGAGGUAGGACGCAGCUCUUUGCUCUGAAUCCGCGAGGCGGCAGUUUGGUCACCGCGGGCAGGAUAGACCGGGAGGAGCUCUGCUCUCAGAGCACGCAGUGUCUGGUGAAUUUUAACAUACUUCUGGAAGAUAAAUUGAAUAUUUAUUCAGUAGAGGUGGAAAUAACAGAUAUUAAUGAUAAUGCGCCUCGCUUUGGAGUAGAGGAACUGGAGCUAAAAAUCAGUGAAACGACUACGCCAGGAUUCCGGAUUCCUCUAAAGAGUGCGCAUGAUGCGGACGUAGGAGAGAACACCCUUCAGAAGUAUGAACUUAACUCAAAUGACCACUUCUCCCUGGACGUGCGAAGUGCAGCGGAUGGGAACAAGUACCCGGAGCUCGUGCUGGAGCGGGCGUUGGACCGCGAGGAGGAGGCGGUACACCACCUGGUCCUCAUGGCUUUGGACGCGGGCGACCCAGUCCGAUCUGGCACCUCCCGCAUCCGCGUGAUGGUCCUGGAUGUAAACGACAAUGCGCCUGUUUUUACACAGCCUGAGUACCGUGUAAGUGUUCCGGAGAAUGUGCCCGUAGGCACCCGGAUACUCGUGGUGACCGCAACUGACGCAGAUGAGGGAUACAAUGCACAAGUGGCAUAUUUUCAAGAGAAAACCCCUGGAGAAUCCUCAGAGGUAUUUGAGCUUAAGUCAACAUCGGGAGAAAUAACAAUCACAAAAAGUCUGGAUUAUGAGGAUGCCAAAUUCCAUGAAAUUGAUAUCGAAGCUCAGGAUGGUCCCGGCCUUCUGACUAGAACGAAGGUUAUUGUCACGGUUCUGGAUGUGAAUGACAACGCCCCAGAAUUUUACAUGACCUCUGCUACUAGCUCAAUUUCUGAAGACUCUCCUCCAGGAACCAUAAUUGCACUUUUCAAUGUACAUGACAGAGACUCUGGGAAGAAUGCAUUUCUCACAUGUUCACUCCCAGAGAACCUUCCUUUCAAGUUAGAAAGGUCAGUGGACAAUUACCACCGACUGGUUACAACCAGAGCCCUUGACAGGGAACAAUUUUCCUCUUACAACAUCACUGUGACUGCAAAAGAUGGAGGGAACCCAUCUCUGUCCACAGAUGCUCAUGUUUUGCUGCAGGUGGCAGACAUCAACGACAACCCACCCAUGUUUCCCCAUACGUCCUACUCAGCCUACAUUCCUGAAAACAACCCCAGAGGCGCCUCCAUCAUUUCUGUGACUGCCCAUGACCCCGACAGCGACGACAAUGCCCAUGUAACUUAUUCCUUGACUGAGUACACCCUUCAGGGGACGCCCCUGUCCUCCUACAUCUCCAUCAACUCGGAUACGGGUGUCCUCUACGCGUUAAGCUCCUUUGACUAUGAGCGGUUCCGCGACCUGCAGCUCUGGGUGACAGCGCGGGACAGCGGGACCCCACAACUCAGUAGCAACGUGUCUCUGCGACUGUUCGUGCUGGACCAAAAUGACAACAUACCGGAGAUCCUGUACCCCGCUCUCCCCACCGACGGUUCCACCGGCGUGGAACUGGCGCCCCGCUCUGCAGAACCCGGAUAUCUGGUCACUAAGGUUGUGGCAGUGGACAAAGACUCGGGCCAGAACGCCUGGCUGUCCUACCGCCUGCUCAAGGCCAGCGAGCCAGGGCUCUUCACGGUGGGGCUGCACACGGGCGAGGUGCGCACGGCGCGGGCCCUGCUGGACAGAGACGCCCUCAAGCAGAGUCUGGUGGUGGCCGUCCAGGACCACGGCCAGCCCCCUCUCUCGGCCACCGUCACGCUCACUGUGGCCAUUGCUGACAGCAUCCCAGACGUCCUGGCCGACCUGGGAAGCCUAGAAAUCCCGCAUGACUCUGACGCCUCAGGCCUCACCCUGUACCUUGUGGUGGCGGUGGCUGCUGUUUCUUGCAUCUUUCUCGCCUUUGUCACUGUGCUAUUGGCGCUCAGAGUGAGGCGCUGGUACACGUCACGCCUGCUCCAGGUUUCGAGAGGCCGAUUGGCCAGCGUGCCCGCCUCGCAGUUUGUGGGCGUGGACGGGGUGCGGGCGUUCCUGCAGACCUAUUCCCAUGAGGUCUCCCUCACUGCGGACUCAAGGAAGAGUCACCUGAUCUUCCCGCAGCCCAACUAUGCGGACACACUCAUCAGUCAGGAGAGCUGUGAGAAAAGUGAUUUUCUAUCAGUGCCUCAGACUUUACUUGAAGUUGAAGAGGAAACAUUUCCUCAGGUUGGCGGUGAGGUUCUUCAUCUUACUUGAUUUGCAUGACCUUCCCCAUUUAAAAGAUGGAAAUUUAAAAAUACAUAUGCUUCACCAUGUUUCAGGAAGUUAUGUCAUGGUAUCUCUGCUUAGUUAAAAACCUCAUUUGCCUCUAAAGUAGCUGUGUGUUCCUUGAAGAAGUUAUUUGCUCUAUAAUAAAUGAGUAAUGUAAUAGUAAA